AUGCGCAUUAUCGCCUCCUGUGCAGCCAUCAUGGCCGCCAAGUGGCCGGAGUGUGUAAGCGGAGUGAAGGGAGUGAUUUUAGACAUGUGUGGAGUUUUAUACGACAGCGGAGAGGGAGGAGGAGUGCCGAUUGAAGGCUCGGUGGAGGCCGUCAGAAGGUUAAAAUCCUCGGACCUGCAGCUCCGUUUCUGUACGAAUGAAACUCAGGCCACGCGUGAGAAGUUCGUAGCGAAGCUGAAGCGUAUGGGCUUCGACAUCGAUGUCGGAGAGGUCUUCUCCCCCGCUCCAGCUGUAGUGUCCAUCCUCAAGGAGCGCCGCCUCCGACCCCACCUGCUGGUGCACGAUGAUGUGCGACCGGAGUUUGAUGCUGUGGAUAAAUCAGAUCCCAACUGUGUUGUGAUCGGAGACGCUGCUGAUAACUUCUCGUACCAAAACGUGAACGCUGCGUUUCAGGUCCUUAUCUCACUGGACAGACCGCUGCUCUUCUCCAUGGGCAGAGGACGUUACUAUAAGGAGACAGACGGCCUCAAGCUGGAUGUUGGAGCGUACAUGAAAGCCCUGGAGUAUGCGUGUGAUUUGGAGGCGGAGGUGGUGGGCAAACCUGCACCCAUGUUCUUCCAGAGUGUUCUCAAUGACAUGGGCAUCCAACCCCAUGAGGUUCUGAUGAUCGGUGAUGAUCUGGUGAAUGAUGUGGGCGGAGCUCAGAGGUGCGGUAUGAAGGGUGUUCAGGUGCGGACGGGUAAAUACAGGCCGAGUGAUGAGACACACCCGACGGUUACUGCUGAUGGAUAUGUGGACGAUCUGGCCUGCGCUGUGGACACCAUAAUGAAACACCGCCGUGUUUAGAGACCAACUCGUCCCUGUUAAUGACAUUUAACACCAAUUAUAUUAAUUAAAAAGUAAUUAUCUGUGUACACUGACACAAA